AUGUCGACCGGAGCCCGGCUAUGGAUACAAUGGCCUCGAUCCAUCCUCUCGUUCCAAAGCAGAAUACCUCAAAGCGACGCUCGCAGCGCUUUGCGAAGAUAUAAUAGCUCCAUCUCCGCCGCGGAGCUCCAGUUCGGUCAACCGCUUCACGAGACACACCCGCAUCUUUUAAAGGCUGGAGAAUUGACUCCCGGCAUCACAGCUCUCGAAUAUGACCACCGCCGCUCGAAACUUGCUUCCAAGCUGCCCAAGAACGCCGUUGCUAUUGUCCGGGCGGCAGAGUUGAAGUACAAGUCGAAGAAUGUAUUUUAUAAGUACCAUCAGGAUACGGAUUUCUUUUAUUUGACUGGAUUCAAUGAGCCCGGAGCUCUAGCUAUUAUCGCAAACACUGGCCACCCGGGCGAGCAUACCUUCCACCUAUACGUUCGAGAAAAGGACAAGCGAGCAGAGCUAUGGGAGGGAGCCAGGUCCGGUACACAGGCGGCUAUUGACGUUUUCAACGCGGAUGAAUCCGGUGACAUCGAACGUCUCAAAGAUUUCCUGCCCGAAAUCCUAUCAGGCGCAUCCGAGAUAUACACUGAUAUCAGCGGCGCUGGGCGUGGCCGGUCCGCCUUUUCACGGCUACUGUCCAGCUUCGCCGACCCCGCUGGUUCUACGGCUGAUGCGAGAGAAGAAGCCAUGGAGAAGAUCAGGCCGCUGGCGCCCAUCAUCACCGAACUCCGUGUAUUCAAGAGCGAUGCUGAGAUCGCCAACAUGAGACAUGCAGGGCGUCUGACCGGUCGAGCGUUUACUGAGUCCAUGCGACAGAACUUCAGCACCGAGAGCGAGCUGAAUGCCUUUUUGGAGUACCAGUUUCGUCUCCAGGGGGGUGACGGGACGGCCUUUGUCCCUGUUGUUGCCGGUGGACAGAAUGCCCUUAGUAUUCAUUACGUUAGGAAUGAUAAUGUUCUACGGGACGGUGAACUGGUGCUCGUUGAUGGGGGUGGUGAAUACGGCGGAUACAUCUCCGACGUGACGAGAGUAUGGCCGGUGAACGGCAAGUUCACUCCAGCCCAGAGGGAGCUCUACACUGCCGUCCUCAACGUGCAGCGGUCGUGUAUCUCGCUCUGCCGCGAGUCAGCCGGCCUAUCGCUGGAUAAGAUCCAUGAAAUCGCCGAGCGCAGCCUUCGAGAGCAACUCGACUCCAUCGGCAUUAAUACCUCUGGUGGUGUAUGGAAAAAUAAGGAUAUCUUCCUGUUGUGUACCGCACCCAGUACUGAUGACUACUCCAGACGAGAGACGCUGCGCAAGGGCCAGUGUAUCACCAUCGAACCGGUGCAAAACAGAGGUGUCUAUGUCCCCAACGACGACCGGUGGCCCGAGAAGUUCCGUGGCACCGGCAUCAGGAUAGAGGACAGUAUCUGCGUAGGGGACGACAACCCGAUCGUCUUAUCGCCAGAAGCAGUCAAAGAGGUAAAGCUGUCCCUGUUAUCGCCUGGACUGCUCAACAUGGAACUGCGCAACUGA